AUGAGUAAUAACACUGAAGCAAUGACACCAAUUAAUGAAAAUGUUUGCUUUACUUCUUGUACAAAUCAAGAUGAUUUUGAUAAAUUAAAACAAGGAUUAACAUUACUUGAACAGGCUAAAGUUUAUGAUCAUAAUCGAGAUUAUUAUGCUGCUAUACGUCAUUAUCGUGAUGGUGUUGAUUAUUUAAUGGAUGAAUUUAUGUCACGUACAUCUGCAAAUGAGCAAUCAAAAGAAUAUCUUCGAUUCAAAUGUCAUAAGAUUUUAAAUCGUGUUGAUAUAUUGAAAAAAUUAAUUAGACAACAAGAACAUGAAACUCUUCAAAAAGCUAUGGAUGCUGAUGAACAAGAAAAAUAA